AUGAUAAUGGAUACUCCUAUAGUAAAACUCUCCGACGAGGAUCUUGAAACUGUUUACGAACCGGCAGAGGAUUCUUUCCUCUUAAUAGACGCUUUGGAGAGCGAUUUGGAGUGUUUGAAAGUUAUCAAACCAGUUGUCUGUUUAGAAAUUGGUAGUGGAUCUGGUAUAGUCAUAACUGCAUUGGCAAUGGCAUUGAAUAAGUAUAGUCAAAGUUAUUACUUGGCGAUUGAUAUUAAUCCCAAUGCGUGUAAAAGUACAAAAAGAACCGGUAACAUUAAUUUGAUUGAUAUAAAUGUUAUACAAAUGGAUUUAUUAAAUAAUAUACGUAACGAGCAAACGUUCGAUAUUAUUGUAUUCAAUCCGCCGUAUGUGUUAACGGAGAGCAAAGAAGUUACGGAGAAAAGAUUAGUUUUUAAAACAUGGGCCGGUGGAAAUCAUGGGAGAGAAGUUAUGGAACGAGUAUUUCCGCACAUUCCUAAAUUAUUAUCGAAUAUUGGAAUGUUUUAUCUCGUUGUUAUUAAAGAAAAUGAUCCGAAUUAUAUCCUAGAAAUGUUAAAACGUUUCGAUAUGGUAGGAACUGUUGUAAAAGAAAGGAAAGUUAGAGGAGAACAUUUGUAUGUGAUGCGUUUUACCAAAAAUACAACUACUCGUUGAAUUGACAUUAAUCGAUAUAAUAUAUAAAUGAGAUAUAAAAUCGGGUUUGCGGUAAUGCAUUUUUAGUAAUGAUUUGUUCUUUUUCCUUUCUUUUGUUUUCUCUCUCUCUCUCUCUCUCUCUCUCUUUUUUCUUUUUCUUUUUUUUUUUUGUUUUUUGACAUUGUAUAUUACAUUAUAAUAAACAUUGUAAAUAUUCCUGUAUAAUUUAUGUUACACACGCCAUUUUUAUUAUCAUAAAGGAAUGACAAAAUUGGUGUGUACCUAAGAGUAUCAUAAUUUAUUGUAUCAUAUCGUACAUAUUAUAUAUUCAAAAACGGCCAUGUAAAAUGCCGUAGAGUCAUCAGUGAUAUGUAACGUAUGGCUGUUCUAAUGCGCUCUCGUCGCGAAUAACAGGACGCGAGCACUUUGAACAUAUUAUAUACUAUGAAAUUCUUUGCAUUCCUAAUACUUUGGAUUAUAAAUUAAAUACCAUGUGAGAAAAUUAAUCUUAGUUUAUAAUGAUAGUCUUUCGAUCGCUAUGUCGAUUGAUUAAUUCACUUUGUUUUUGUUGCUCGUGCUAAUCACGCGAUUUGUCUUAUGGGAGGAAAAAAAGAAAUUAAACAUUUUACUACGUAUCGAUGGAUUUAGACCUAUAAAUUCUUUGCAAUUUUAUAUGUAACGCUGCUGCGCUAACGGUCAUUAAAAUGAGUGUACCCAACAUGAGUGAAAGUGCAGCGUAAAAACCGUUAUUACUCAUGCAAAUGUUCUCCUCUUUCGAAACUUCAUUUACAAAGGACGACUCUUCGAUAUUCUCCAACACUUGAUUACUGACUGCACUGAGGUCAUCCAGCAUGAUCACUUUGAAACCACGUCCAACUCUAACUGGAUCUGUCAAUAGUGGUGCCAUUGACGUGUUCGAAGGUGCAUAAGAUACCGAGCGACGUCUUCUACCUGGUUCGAUUUGCUAAAAAGAGAACAGAAAAUAUACGAAUGUUGUAUGAAACGUAUGCAUGCGUUUUAGUAUAGCUAUAAUAUAUUAGUAGAGUUAUAAUACGCACUUGAUUUGGUUCUGGACAAGCUUGACAAUCCGUUUUACAAAGUUCCACGUUACAUUCGAUGAAUAAAUCCAUCACAUCGGGGAAUUUAAAAGCUUGGAAAAAUGCAUAGGCUAUAAUCGAGGCACCUGUAUUCCCCGUAUCGUUUGUUUUUUGAAAUGCUCCAAAUAAUUUUGGUUUAAGUAUGCAACCACGUUCGUCUGUAAGCUGCAGGGUGUUAGUAGAGCUCUCGUCUCGUGCAACGCAAUCGCGUACCUACGUCAACAGAAUAAAGUAAUGUGUAAUGUGUACUUACGACAAAACAAUAGAAACGAUUUGAUUAUUUAUUCGUCUACGGAACAAUUCGUCAAUGAUUUAUGUAUCUAUAGGAAUAGUUAGUCAAUGUGCCAAAUUUUGAUCAUUAAAAAUUAGUAAAAACGAUAAGCGAGAUGAAAGUAAUUGUUGAGGCACACAUAAAUAUUAUCGAGUAAAAUAAUUUCUCAAUUUGUUAUUUUUAUUUCACGAAUGAUUAGAAAACAGAAUCAAAAUGGACGAAUUACUUAACCAGAAUUAUUUUUAUCCGACUUAUCGUUUUGAUCAAAUAUUUUUUAUAGUUUCGUAAUUGGACAAUCGUAUAGAUAUAUUCAAGACUAACCUGAAGAUCGAAAGCAGGAUCUCCUUCCACGGUUACUACCAAUGUCAUGGUCUCUCCAAUUUUAACCAAUCCAUCGGCUAUCGGAGCGAACGGACCUUUUCCAAUUUGUAUGUCUAAUUUAGCCACCGCCGUAUCACCGCUGAACGUCACGAUCUCCUGAUUGAGCAUAUCUACGGAUAAAUUUACCGAAAGCGCCUUAUUGAUGUUACCCUCCCAAAGACAACGUACUCGUCGCACUGUAUCCCAAACCUCUUGUAUCCCUGGCUCGUUCUGUAAAGAUUUUAGUUUGAAUGUCUGAUAAUAAAAGAAUAAAUCCAUU